GGCCGCCUCAGUACAAACGCCUUGUAUCCUCUCAACUCUAGUGUCGUCCCUCGCCAAGAACCAGCCACCGCCGUCGCCUCCCGGCCUCCGCUUCCAAGCCUCGAGAUCUCCGGCGUCAACCGAAGCAACGGCAGCAUGAAGCGCCUGCUCAGACGGCUCUCCCGCGUGGCCGCGGCCGACGCCUGCGCAGCCGCCGCGUACCAGCCGCUCCGGCCCGACUCCGCGGCGAAGGCCUCCUCCACGGCUUCAUCUUCGUCCUCCUCGUUCUUCGGCGCGCGAAGGCUCGGCCGCGGCGCGCGGGUGCCGGAGGGCCACGUGCCGGUGUGCGUCGGCGAGGAGGGCGGCCCCGUGGAGCGCUUCGCCGUGCGGGCCGAGCUCCUGGGCCAGCCGGCGUUCAAGGCCCUGCUUCGGCGUGCCGCGCAGGAGUACGGCUACGGCCACCCUGGCGCGCUUCGCAUCCCCUGCGCCGUCGCCGACUUCCGCCGCCUCCUCCUCGGACUCUCCGACCCCGGCUGCCAGGCCACCGACGACGACGACGCCGCGCUCUACUACUAGCCUUCUUCCCCGUUCGGCUGCCAUGGAGGGCGUGAUGGAAAAUUUGCCCCCUGGCAAAGGCAAAUCGAUGAACCAGCAGAGCAAAAUGCCAGCUGCUGCGUUCUGCCAGAUCUACCCCUGCGUGGAUGCUGUACAUAGGGAGGUUGGUGGAGGGUAGGACGGGGAUUCCGCCGCAUUUUCUACUGCAGCUCAGCAAUUUUAGGACCUGCUGUCUUGUAGGAAUCAGGGCUGCAAUUUCUUUUUCUUCUUCUUCUUCUUCUUCUGAGUGUUCCUCUAGGUAGCUCUAGAUCUAGCUCUGGUAGCUGCAAUUGAGCUUCUUCUUCCUCUUCUUUGGCAGAGAUUUUGAGGUCGUGAUAACACAUCAUGUAAGCCGCAAGGUUCGCCUCAUGUGAGUGAAAUGGAUGAUUUUGCUACUGCAAAA